UAAUUGACUUUCGUUCCUGCCAUUCACGUGUUAGUCGUUGUUUUAUUUCAUUCCGUUCCGAGUACAGAGCUCUCAAUCUAAAAAUUUGUAUUUAUCAACCCAAAAACGGGUUUUGUUUUCGACGAUAACAUUUUGUUGCAGGACGCCAUAGCCCCCGAGAAGCAUCCAUUAGUGUCGGGCAAUCCAUAAAUUCGCGUGCUCUGCUUUCACAAGUUACUGUCCAAAUUGAAGCGUUUUUCACAGUUGUCGCGAUGAGUAGCCAUCCUUUAAGCCUAGGCAAAUUCGCCCAGCGUGGCGCCACUAUGUAUAUCUAUCCGGUGCCUUCGUCCUUUAAGUGCUUCUAUCACAGUCAGAGGAUUGCCCAAAGGGCUUCCGAGAGGGCUCUGCCUCGCAAAGUGAUCGGCGUGAAGAAGACGCUGGUCAACCAGAUGCAGGGCAUGGUCCGCAGUUCCGAUCCUUCGAAGCUGCCUGCUUACAAGACCUACGGCAAAACUCGGCUGUUCUCCUCUUCAAGCAGCCUAAAGAGCAGUUCGGGCAGUUUAUCGUCCCGCCGCUGCAUGAGCAGUGGGCUAAAGAAGCCGCAGCAGCAGCAGUGGGAAGAGGAUUCCAAGACUGAAACCUUUUUCCGCAACAAUAGGACCACUUUGUCGGCCACCCAGCGAGGGUACAAUACGUCGCCGAUUUUCGGCAGAGGCUUGGCCACACAGGCGGCUAGGGACAUUAGCCGUUCCAUUCAGGAGGAGCUAAUGGUUGUGAAUGACGAAACGCGCCACAUGCUAAACUGCAAUCCCAAUCGCCAUGACAGGCGUGACUUCCAAGAACAGCCCAAUGCCGAUCCGAUGCAGGGCUGGAACCAUCCGAUGUCCUACAAGACCAUGCCCAGUGAACACGAUGGCAUCCCAGAGGAGCUGGAACUGGAGGCCCGUCAGAAUAGGCCACGUCGCCGGCAGUUGAUCAUGGGUUACGCCAGUCAUGCGGCAAAUGUGGCCGCGCGCAAUCGCGAGACCCUAGCCAAGCCACCACAUUCCCAACAGCUCAAUCCCAAUCCCAAGUCCAAGGUUGGCCAGUUGUCAAGCAUGUACAGCUCUAAUGCCCAGGAGAGGCUCUCUGAGCUGCGGUCGCCGCUGACUCGUUAUGUGCCCCAGGCAACCAGCGAAAAGGACUCUGAUGAUGGACUAAUGGAUGUGGCCAUAGCCAGGGCCACUCGUGCAGAUUUCACGAAUGCCCGGGGCAUGCCAAGAGCUGAGGACGAGGAGCCUGAUUCGCUGUACGAGCAACCCCCCGCCGAGAGGGAGUUACUGAAGCAGGCUUUCCUCAGAGGAACCCGGCACGCGGACCAGGGGCGAAUGGACGAGCUUCACUACGAGUCCUCCGCUGGCAUCGGAAGCAACGACGCGCUGAUCAGUGCCUCGCGGCAAGUGAUCAACCAGAAGUUCGCCGGAUUCCAGCACUUGACGAGCGCGCAGAAAUGGAGGGCCCCACAAUUGGUGGAGUCGGUCAACCCGACGCCCCAGCUUAAUCCUCGGGCUGUCAGUGAAGCCCGCGGAAGUGUGCUGAUGCAGCCGGGCAAGAGACACUCCACCGCGAGGAUGAGCACCAAACGGUUGGCCACCCCCCGUUUCUUUGGGGGACUUGGCGAGUCGGACACGUCGACCCCGAGCGAGACGGGGGAGCGCAAGCGGGAUGACAAUGACGACGUGAGUAGGAACGAAUCUUGGAGCCGGCACCAGGAGCAAGAACCCAGGGAUGUCGAGCCCCCCAGGGCUAUUAAGCAGAAUCGCGUGAUGGCCAGCGGGCCGCAGCGCCAGCGCUCGAUAUACCAGAUAACCAUGCAGGACAAGAACCGCCGACAGUCUGAGAUGAAGGCUCGUAGCAGGAAUGUAUCCAUCGCAGGCCGCAUGACCACUACCAAGGGCGAGAAGAGGGACCACAGGCCGAUCAAGCCGGAGGAUUUGGAUCCUGAGAACGAUAUCGAAAUGCCCUCGGAGUAUGACAGGAAGUCUGCUGUCCAGCGUCUCGGCCCAGCUAUUCCCGCCGAGUAUGGUACUCGCGCCUUCAAUAGCUACUAACAAGCCAUAGUGACCUGUCGUCCUGCCGUCUGCAAAUGUGCUAUUCCGUAGUUCAUCUGUGUCGUCAUUCCCAACCCAAGCCAGCCGUCUAAGGUGCAUGGAGUCUUCUCCCAUUUAGGGCUAUCAAAAUCCAUUCAAGUUUACUAAAUCAAGGCCAGGUCACAUCUGUAUAAAUCCUUUGUCUCGUAAUUGCAAAAUAACUGAAAGUAUAUUAAAAAUGUACGCCUUGAGUACGAAAAUUAGAA